CAGUGUCAGCAGCAGUGAUACGGCGAGUGUAGUGAAGGAUGUAAACAUUAUGGCGGACAUGGUUUCGGACAUCAGACUGUAUUACGCGGUGUUUGAAGGCUCGUCGCAGGAGGACGUCGCUUAUGCUAAAGUGUUCUGGAGCUCUCUGUGUUUACAGCCGCCCGUGGAGUCCAGCCUCGAGUCUGUGGACAUCACACAGCGCCUCAGGAUAGCCAAAAACACGCAGACCUCCAGUGACGGUCCCAAAACGUCACCAUGUUCCGCGAAUGAUGAGUUCCUCCAGAGGGCGUAUCAGCUACAGAAGCAGGAGGAGAAGCGGAGAUAUCUGGAAAUGGCAAAAAAACGAGAUGAGAUCAUAGCCCUCCUGAAGAAGCAGAGAGAAGACCGAAUCAAGAAAGAGUUGGUCUCGCUUCCACACAAGCCAAGAACGUCUGAGCCGACUCACAGUUUCUGAAGGUUUACUUUCAAGACCCCUUCUGAGGAUCUGAACCAGGAUGUGAUGGAAGUCCGGGAGCUUAUCUGAAGAAUGGAAGCAGCCACCAGAGUUUCUCUACGAAAGCAUGAUUGUUAGAAUAAAGCAUUGCUAUAAAUACAUGUAAAAGCUUAA